AUGUGUUAUUUGAUGAUGCAUGCUCCAAUCUACGGUUACAACACUGUCGUUCCCGAGCCACUUAAUGCUAUAGAGCAAUUACCAAUUCGUACAAAUUUAAAUCUGCCUGAAGGUGCUUAUCGUCAAUCAACUACUGCAAAUGAAUAUUUCCGUUCCAACAGAAUGCCCACCCAGGUUGCUGGUCCUGUCUGUAAUUCGUCAAUACGUAUUUCGUUUUUAAAAAUUCCCAAGUUAAAUUAUGUGGAAGAAGCUUUACCUUCAACUUCAAAUAAAUAUACGUCAAAUACAAAUUCAUUUGACCAUCAUCAUUCCUCUACUAUUGAGACAUCAAAUUAUAUAGAGCGAAUUUGUCUAAAUAUUGGAAGAGAGAUUUACGUUUUUGAUUAUAGUGGGGCAAAUGGCAUGACCGACACUGCAAAAAUAGUCGACAAACGUGUUUACAAAGGCACAUUUCCUACAUGUCACACUUUUAAUAAAGAAAAUUCUUCCCAAUCUUCCUGUUUGUUGCUAAUUGGAUUUUCUGCUGGCCAAAUUCAAUUGAUUGACCCACAGCAGAAGGAAAUGCCCAAUUCAAAACUUUUUAAUGAAGAGAGACAAAUAGAUCGAACAGCGGUUACUUGUUUACGUUGGGUUCCUGAUGGAUGUUCAUUUUUUGUAGCCUCACAUGCAAGCGGCAAUCUUUACUUAUACAAUGAUGAGCUUGACUCUUCCACAAUAGCUCCAACCUACCAAGUUCUCAAACAAGGUGAUUGUUUUACUGUCUUUACUUGCAAGUCAAAAGUUAGCCGAAAUCCUGUUCACAGAUGGCAAAUUGGCACUGGGGCAAUUAAUUCCUUUGCAUUUUCUGGUUCCACUUCUAAUUUUAUUGCAACUGUUAGCCAAGACGGGUUUUUGCGCAUUUUUAAUUGGCGAACAAUGGAGCUUAUUGGAUGUAUGCGUUCCUAUUUUGGGGGUCUUUUAUGUCUGGCAUGGAGUCCAGACUUGCGGUAUAUCGCUACGGGUGGAGAAGAUGACCUUGUUUCGCUUUAUUCUGUUACUGAAAAUCGGGUUGUUUGCCGAGGACAAGGUCAUAAAUCUUGGAUCUCUGACAUCGAAUUUGAUUAUUAUGCCUCUACCAAUUCUCUUCCACAAAAUAACACUGGUUACAAUGAGUCAACGAUUGAUGAAAUUUUGUUGUCUUCUACUGCAAAUACUUCUUUAAUGCUAUGCCUUUGGGAUAUUUCUGAUGAUAUUCUUCUUUCAAGUAGCUGUUAUAGCAGGAAUUCUCGAAAUUUACAAGAUAUCCAAACGGAACUUUCUUCACCUGUUGGAGCGUUAUCUCCAGGAAUUUCUCCAAUAGAAAUAAAUCAAGUCAAUAAUACAACUCUCAUUCCCAUUGGUUUUGAUAAUUCUAUUGCACUUCCUAAAGAGAACGGUUUGAAAUCUGAUAAAUUAAAAAAUGGAGGUGGUGGUCGAUUUAGACGAUUACACAAGCGAGGUUUAAGUAUUGGCUCACGUUUAACUGGAAAUAGUGAAAAAAAUAAUCGCCAUAAUGGAAUUUCAUCAAGUGGAGCUCAUUCUGUCGACGGAACACUUAAACGUAAUGAUUGUCCCUCAUUUGCUGCUAAACUUUUUGGAACACCACAAUGUCCAAGAAUUGAAGAAAUACCAAUUAUAGAGCCAAUUCUUUGCAAAAAAGUUUCAAAUGGUCGAUUGGGUUCUUUACAUUUUAGAGAGGAUUGUAUUGUUACUACCUGUCAAGAGGAUUAUAUUUGUAUUUGGAUAAGGCCUAAUUCUCAACAUAAUCAACAAGAAGACAAACAUUCAUCGACAAUUAACACAAAUCAUCAUCAACAACAAAACCAUUUAAUGGCCAUAGAUUGUUCAAAUGAUUGUCAACGGCUCUCAUCUGAUAAUUUUGCCAGUACAUGCGUGUGA